AUGAAUCUGAAACGAAAGCCUACCACCGCGUUGUUUAGCAUUCCAAGAAGUUUGAUUUGGAUUGCACUGGUGUUUUCCUCCAACAUCUUGCCGAAGGCGGAUGCUGUGGAAACCAUCAACGUAUUGGUCGUCUUGGUACAAUGGGCCGACCAUACAAGUCGUCCCCUCAUUCCUCGAAGUGAUAUCGAUCAGUUUUGGAAUGGACCAGGGAAUUCCAACCUGAUUCCAGGAGAAUCUGUUGCCGAAUACAUUGCUUCCAACUCUUACGGAAAGUACCAGCUGAAGGCUACUGUUUUGGAUUGGACAAGGGCAAGUGCUACGGAAGCCCAGGCAUCGAAUGGUAACAUGGGAAAUUCUGCCAAUGGCAACCACAUUGAAGAUUCUCUCGUACCGGUUCUACAGGCGGUCGUGGAUCAAGGAUUGGAUUUGAGUCCGUUUGUCGAUGCGAAUAGCAGUAUGCUGAAGGGAGUUGUCUUCAUGCAUUCUGGUUACGCAGCUGAGACCUAUCAAGUGGAUUGUGAAACCCAAGCUGGUCACAAUAAUCGGAUCCAAUCCAAAUCCUGGGGUGUGUCGGAAAGCAUUACUGGACCCCGUCGUUACACACUCAGUACCUUUAUUACUGUGUCGGCCUACAGGGGAUGGUGCAAUUCGCAGAUUGCUGGCGUUGGAGUCCAUAUCCAUGAGUGGAUGCACGCAAAAUACUUAUUGGAGGAUUUGUACGAUACUGGAGGUCGUUACAUGGGAAGUCGAUCCGCUACCGGUGGCAUUGGAGGGUUUGGUCUCAUGUCAUAUGCUGGUGGCCAAAGGAUCAGUUCCAUCGAAGCGUAUCCCGGUAUUAUGUCGCCACAUAGUAAAAUCCAGACAGGGUACCUGGAUCCCAUCGACAUCGAAGUGGAUGGAACCUACAGUGCCAGGCCAGCCGAACUCUUCCCCGAUGUUUACAAGAUUUCCAUUCCAUACGAAGAAGGUGAAUAUAUUUUAAUUGAAAAUCGACAGCCGCUUCUCUCCGACAAGAAUCUAUGGUCUCCCGGAGGCAUUGUCAUUUAUCACGUGGACGAGAAUACAGAGGGUUAUGGGAACUUUGUAAGAGGAGGACCCUUUUUGGAAGGAUGGCCGGGAAAUGGGGCCCAUUACAAGGUGGCGGUUCUCCAGGCAGACUUUAAGUACGAAUUGGAAAAGGCAGAAAAUCUAGGGCACAGUGCCGAUUUUUGGAAAACCGGUGAUAUCUUGGGGCCUGGGAACGGAGAAUUAGUAGCGACAGCUGCUGGAACCUAUCCCAACACUGAUUCGUACGUUGAUGGAAACAUUCGCGUCACUGGAUUGGUCUUGGAUAGCUUCAAGGACGAUGGCGAUGGAGUCUGGAGUUUCCGAGUGACUGGAUUGCCCACGCCUCCGAGCGGCCCUCCAGUGAAUUCACCAACUGGCCCUCCGAAUGCAGGUGGCGGAGGUGAUGUAGCCACGACAACUCCCGGAGAAACUCCCACUGACGAACCUAAUCCGACUGCGUUGCCCACACCUCUGAGUGAGCCUCCCGUGGAUUUGCCAACCGGCGCUCCAAAUGCACCCGCAACAACUCCCAUGGAGACUCCCACUGAAGUACCUGACUCGGCUGCAAUUGCCAUUCCAGCACCAUUCACUCUGCUUUUAUGCUUGCUUUCUGCACAGAUGGGUAUAACAUUACUUACUAACACAUAA